GUCUCAGCCCUUGCAAACCGCCCCCCUGUUAGACCCCGCCCACAGCGGACCAACAGCAUUCAGUAUUCAAAUAGAAAGCCUGCGCGCCGCGUUGUUGUCUUCCAGUGCGUUGGAGAUCCACCUGUGGAAUAGUCUAUGCUACAAAACCAGGAAAUGUUUGAAGCCGUACAGAGUUUUUGGUAUAAACGAUAGCUAUUUCGUUUCAAAUAAGUGACAUCUAAAAUAUGGAUUCAAGUAAGAUACAUCAUGGAGGACGUCUACCUACUUUAAAUGAUUACUUGGCAGGCUUACCUGUUGAAAACGCGAUCUCAGGUGGAAACUCGGUUCGUCAAGCUCCAGUGAAACGACAGGCGGUAAAGAGGCACCACCACAAACACAACCUAAAACACAGAUACGAAUUCUUGGAGACUCUCGGAAAAGGGACAUAUGGGAAAGUCAAGAAGGCAAUCGAACGAUCAGGAAGACUGGUGGCCAUCAAGUCCAUCCGGAAGGACAAGAUCAAGGAUGAGCAGGACCUGGUCCACAUUCGCAGGGAGAUUGAGAUCAUGUCCUCUCUCAAUCACCCCCACAUCAUCACCAUAUAUGAAGUGUUUGAGAAUAAGGACAAGAUUGUGAUUGUGAUGGAGUACGCCAGCCGAGGCGACCUGUACGACUACCUCAGCCAGAGACAGAAGAUCGGCGAGGGCGAGGCCAGGCACCUCUUCAGGCAGAUCGUUUCUGCGGUGCACUACUGCCACAGGAAUGGGAUAGUGCAUCGUGACCUGAAGCUUGAGAACAUUCUCCUGGAUGGUGACUGCAACAUUAAGAUAGCAGAUUUCGGGUUGUCUAACCUGUACCAUGGAGACGAAUACCUGCAGACGUUCUGUGGAAGCCCUUUGUAUGCCUCCCCAGAAAUUGUGAAUGGCCGGCCUUACAAGGGCCCUGAGGUGGACAGUUGGUCACUGGGCGUCCUGCUCUACACGCUGGUACACGGGGCCAUGCCAUUCGAUGGGCACGAUCACCGCAGCCUGGUGCAGCAGAUCAGCACUGGGGAGUACCGCAAGCCCACCAAGCCAUCCGAUGCCUGUGGUCUGAUCCGCUGGAUGCUGAUGGUAAACCCAGAGCGCAGGGCCACACUGGAGGAAAUCGCUCGCCACUGGUGGCUCAACUGGGGCUACCAGCGGCCCCUGCUGGUCGAGAGCGAGACAGCAGCCAGCAGCACCGCUGGCUCCACCAGCACAGCCCCUGGUGCUGGGGCUACCAUGGUAGCGACACCGCAGAUUCAACCCGCGGGGACCACUCGAAUUGCCGAUUGGCUACGACGCACCUCACGGCCUUUGCUGGAGAGCAGCUCCAAGGUGCGCUGCUUGCUGCGGUCCCAUGGUGGUGGUGGAGGAGGAGGAGGAGGAGGAGGCGGGGGUGGUGAGAUGGUGCGCCAGCGAUCUAUACGGAGAUCUCGCAAGGAGAACAACGUCUCCCAGAGCAUGCAAGACGGACAGGCGGCCCGCCCCCACAAGGGCAUCCUGAAAAAGCGAGGCAGCCUGAAGCAGAAGCCCCCCAACGACGCCCAGCCCUCUGCCCCGGAGGAGCACCGUCCAUCCGCCACCACCACCCCUUUCAGCUUUUCCACCUCCAAUGCUCCCCCUGCACCCGCCAACGAGCCGCUUCCACGCAAGGGUAUCCUGAAGAAGCCCUUGGAGAGGGAGUCGGGCUAUUACUCUUCUUCCUCCUCCUCGCCGGAGAGCAGCGAUUCGGCCCAGACACCUCAGCCCCCGCUCUGCCCCUCUGACCCGCCGCGCCGCAAGGGCAUCCUGAAGCGCAACGGCAAGUUCUCGCCAGGCGGGCUGCAGGAGUUCGGCUCACUGGACCAGCUAGCCGCAUCCUUGCCACAAGGGGUCGCCAGAGUGCGCCCCAGCGGGGCUGUGAGCGAGGACAGCAUCCUCUCAUCCGAAUCCUUCGACCGGCUGGACUUGCCCGACCGCGAGACGCCCACCGCGCCCAUGGAGAAACCGACGGCGGCCGCCCGCAGCAUGAGGGGCUGCGUGUCUGCAGACAACCUGCUGGAGCUCCGGGAGGACUGUGGCAUGAAGGGACCAGGCCACAGGCGCCUACACAGCCCUAUGGACAUGGCCUGCUAUCAGGCCCCCGGUGUGGCUGACAGCGCAUUCUCCAUCUCGGACUGUCAGAAUGUGACUGCAGCCUACAGGCAGGCAGUAGGCACCGCCACUGCAGCUAGCUGAGGCUAACCAGGGGAGCCACGGGCGUGGUUGAUUUUUACAUUUCAGUGAAUGUCAAGCAGGGCAUUGGUGAACUGGUGAGGUAAAACCCUGUGGUUUUAGGGAACUUGUCAAAGAGUGACUACUGGCUAGUGCAGGUCAGGGUUCAUGAGAAUGUGUGAGACUGAUGAGCGAGAAGGUGAAAAUGUGUAAAGACCAGUACAUAUCAACAUGGUGAGACUGGCCAGUCACUGUAAAGAAUGUUUGGUUUGUGUUUUCUUACUAACCAAAUGAAGACCUGCAUAAGUAGUGUUAAAUGUCAGGGAAUGGGAGACUCUUAGGAUAAACUAGUCUUUUAUAUACAUUUUAAUUUGUAAGGGACUGGGGAAAAAAGUCACAAACUGCAUACUAUGUGUGUUUAAAGAGAAAUCAGGUAAGUUUUAAAAUGUCAUCUCUGAAAAAAACUCAUUGUGUACUAGUUUUAUUUCACAUUUCCAGAUAACAUUAUUUUUGAUUUAGUUUAGCUUUUUUCAUUUGUUGUAUACAAAUUAAAAUUGUACAUCAUUGCCAAAGAUUGAGUUUGUUGAAAACUAAGACUGAUACUGGUGAACAGUACUAAAGGGCCAGUGUUUCUACUGAAAUUAAACCUUUGGUUUACAAACUGCCAAUUCAGCAGGAGCCGUUCCAGAGAAAGUGGCAGGUUUCUGUAAUGUCAUUAAUCGAUGACUGAGUCAGAAGAUCACCAUUGUAAAUCAUUUGUUAUGAUAAGGGGCAACUGGUUUCUGUAGAACAAGAAGGUGAGCUUUGGUCUUGCUUGUUUGCGUUACCAGUGUGUUAAUAUUUCACUUUUACAGCCGGCUCCUAAAAGGUCUAGACUGAUCAGAUCUUCAACUGGAAUUUGCAUUGCUUUAUGGUGAAGGGCAGAGUGUUUCUUUUUCCAUGAUGGCAGAUGGGCAGUGAGGGAUUUUAUGACCAGCUCAUGAGAGUAAGAAUAAUAAUCAGAGUGAUAAGUUCAGCUGCUGUUUUUAUUUGAACUCAUUGUGGAGAGGGGGCACCUUGACUUUACAGCUGAAGUUCAAUUCCAUGUUGGUUGCAUCCUGAAUGAGUUUUAGAGUUAUUACCCACUGCAUUUGAACACGUCAACUACUCUGGCCUUUUGUAUAAAAGUUACUUCCACCAGUGUUACUUUUUUUGUUGCAUUAAAUGUCUCUUUACUAUGUUUUGACAUUUCCACACAGAAUGUUAUGAGUUGUCAUGGUAUAAGAGGUUGUGUUUGAAAAUACUUUUCAUUUUUUCCCAAAGGACUUAAUUUAUAUUUUGUACCAACAUGUGUGCCAUCAGUGACUUGAAUGUGUCAAUAAAAAAAAACAUGAUUCAA